CGUAAGGCGCAUGCAUAGGAGGAGUUGAGAGCUGUUCUGUCAUAUGACUUAUAUGAGAACUGAUUUGACGCCGACUUAACACAGUAGCGCUGCUGAACCGGGUCACACCACACUCGGGUCCGGGCGUCAUAAACUGUCUGCUAGAGAACCAGACCGAAACACUCGUCGUUAUGGCUUUUCGCGGUUGUGUGAUUCUGCUCUUUUGUUUGCUCAGUGGUGUUGUGUAUGCUGAUGAUGUGUCUAUGACAUCAACACCCGCGACACAAGAGCCUAGUACUAGCAAAAUCACUUCGAUCACACAGGUUGCUACCUCUCAUACCAUAUUAACUACAGAAGCGCAGACUACCCUGGAUCUCGAUGCUACCGCAGAAGCUUCAUCUACCAAGACUACCACAGCAGCUCCAUCUACCAAGACUACCACAGCAGCUCCAUCUACCAAGACUACCACAGCAGCUCCAUCUACCAAGGCCACCACAGCAGCUCCAUCUACCAAGGCCACCACAGCAGCUCCAUCUACCAAGGCCACCACAGCAGCUCCAUCUACCAAGGCCACCACAGCAGCUCCAUCUACCAAGGCCACCACAGCAGCUCCAUCUACCAAGGCCACCACAGCAGCUCCAUCUACCAAGGCCACCACAGCAGCUCCAUCUACCAAUGCUACCACAGCAGCUCCAACUACCAAUGCCACCACAGCAGUACCAACUACAGCACACAGUAAUGCAACAACAGCCCCGACCGCUCCUCCAACCACUCCCCCGGUCCCCAAGCCGACUGUUGGAAACUACAGUGUGAUGUCAGAUGUUAACUCUACAGUUUGUCUUUUAGCAAAGAUGGGAAUUCAGUUCAGUUUCACAACAAGUGGGAAUGCCAGCCGCCAGACUAUUAAUCUAGACCCUAAUGUAACAAAAGCAAAUGGGAUCUGUGGUAGUGGUGGCAAGGACUCUUCUCUCGUGCUGACAUCUGAGAAAAUCACACUUCAGUUUGUUUUCACAAAUGUUUCAAAUAAAUUCCACCUACAUGCUUUUAUGCUUUCUGUUGAUUUUGGAGAUGGGAGCUUUUUCAACGAGUCCAAUACGAAUCUGUCACUGUGGGAGGCAUCUGUUGGAAGCUCCUACAUGUGCAGAAAAGAGCAGAGCUUCAACAUCUCAGACAAACUUACCCUCAACACAUUUGAGCUGCAAGUGCAGCCUUUCGGAGUCCAGAAGAACACAUUUAGCACAGCCUAUGAAUGUUCAAUGGAUGACACCAGCCUGUUAAUCCCAAUCAUUGUUGGUGCCGCUCUGGCUGGUUUGAUUUUCAUAGUUGUGAUUGCAUACGUGAUUGGUCGACGAAAGACCUAUGUUGGAUAUCAGACAUUGUAAUAUGCAACAAAAUCUAAUCCUGAGUGUUUCAAGGGAAACCAACCUGUUCCUGGACCAUAUUAAAUCUUGUGGAUAUUUGUGUAAACUAAGUCAAUUGGCUUACUGACUCAAAUUAAUUUUUGUCUUUGUGGUCAUUUAAUAUACCAUCCCUUAGGCUGCAAGUGCUUUAAUGAUAUACAGUGGCAUUCCAGGACCAGGACUCCCUAUUGUUAAAUACCUUGUGUGCGUGUGUGAACCACUUUUUUGUUUUGUUGUGAGUGUGUGUUGCUUUGACAAUUUUGUUUUGGGAAGUGCAUUUUUUUUCUUUCCACUUUUGUUAUCAAAGCUCUUCAAGCUACUACAGUCAUCAGUCUUGUUAUUUUGCCCCCUUUUCUAAAUGGCCGUCAUCGAAUUAUUCUUUACUCCUGUGAUCUACAUUAGACCUUGCACUUACUUUCCUUUAAUGUCAAAUUCAUUUAAUUGUUUUUUUUUUUUUUGUUAAUGUACCAGCUUUUAAUUCAUAGUUCAUGCUUGGCAGUCUUCAUUAUUGCAUCCACAACAUAAGUACUUAGUUCAUAAAAAGUAGUUUAGACUCACCCAGCGUUUAUGUUAAAUGGUAAUUUCUGGAACAGAUACAAUAGUGACUGAACACAUUUUCACUCUUCAUUUAUUAAAAUCUGGUUGUUAGCAGUCUUGUAUUAAGUAGCUGUUUGGAGAAAAUGCUAGACUGGGGAAACAUCAAAAAUGCUGGGCAAUAAUAGACUGAUGGUCAUUUCAAACGGUAGAGCUUCUAGUACAGAGAAACAAAUGCUUGUUAUUGUGCUUAAUCAUUCACAAGCAUUAAAAAAAAAAUACAGACCGGUGUAAAAAAAAGUGCAAUUGCAGUUAUGCUUAUUGAAAUGUGAUGUUGUAAAUUCUGUUGCUAAAUAUGGGAUAUUAGUAGCCCUGUUUUAUUUAAUUUAAAAGGGAUGACUACAUAAUAAGCGUGCAUCAACCUUUGUCAACUACUCUUCACAAAAACUUCCGCUUGCUUACGUUACUGAAGUCUGAAAGACACAUGCUGCUUAUUGCAUACUGUGAAUUAAACUUGCUGGAGGACAUGUUUUGCACCUCUUUGAAUCUUGUGUAAUGUAUGGGUGGUGGUGGCUGUGAAUCCAUUUUUAAUUUUUGAAUGCAAAUUGUGUUUUGAUUUUGGUUAAAGAGCAUUUGCACAUUAUCAUUGCUUUAUUUUCAUAUCACUUUUUUUAAUUGUUUUCCCCUCCAGUAAAUUCACUGUUAAUGCACAUUUCUAAUUUCGGCUAUGCAGCGCCUGCAAUCAAUCUGGUGUAAAUGUUUUUCAUUGUCCAGAACAUGUUAAGAGUGGUUUCUGGUCAUUUUGUGCCUUGCUUAAUAAAAUUGCUUUCUUAUCCAA